GCAUGAACGCUCGACGGAGGGCAAUGUCUAUGGUGAAUGUAGUUCAGCUUGGGUAAAACCAGAUACUGGAUCCAGGCGAUUCAUAAAGCGCAUUAACAGAUCUGCACCUGCUGCGCGUUUGGAAUUGUAUCUGCGCAAUAAGCUCAGCUCGCAGAUGCGUCCUAGAGAGCCAUACAGCAGAAGCCACGUUCUACCAUGAGCUAACUGCUCCUCUUUGACUGAAUUUUUCAGUGCAACGCAUAAAUAAAACGAAAAUGUCUACGGAGUUAGAUGUGUUUGUGGGGAACACUACUGUCCUGGAUGAAGACGUGUACCAACUGUGGCUGGAUGGACACACAGUCUCAGAUGCAGUGAGAAUACGGAUGGAAGCAGGUGCCUUGCAGGAGUGUGAAGCCAAUGCAGAAAUUCUGCACAGCGACACCAUGGACCAGUUCAGAACAUUCCAGAUGUGUGAGCGGCUCCUCCAGUCCCCUUCCAAAGUGGCCAAUCAGCUUCUGUUCCAGAUCCCUCCUCACCAUCAAACCAUGCUCAUCGAGAGGUACUAUGAGUUUGAUAGUGUGUUUGCCAGGGAGGUGCUGGGUAAGAAACUCUCCAAAGGGACCAAAAAAGACUUGGACGACAUCAGUUCAAAGACUGGGAUUGCGCUCAAGUGCUGUCGUCGACAGUUUGACAAUUUCAAGCAUGUGUUUAAAGUGGUGGAAGAGCUAAAAGGCCCCCUAGUGGAGAACAUACAGCGUCACUUUCUCCUGUCUGAUGUUUUGGCAAGGGACUAUGCUGCCAUCGUGUUCUUUGCUAACAGCCGUUUUGAGACAGGGAAGAGAAAGCUACAAUAUUUGUCUUUCCAGGACUUUGCCUUUUGCGCUGGUCAGCUCAUCAGCUACUGGACCGUGGGAGCAGUUGAGGAGACGACGGGAACUGAACAGACCCCUUUGCACGUCUGUGCUCUCUCUUAUUGUUCUCUUUGGUGUGAAGUGUGCCUUAACGACAACUAUACAUUUGUUCAUCCAUCCAGCUGUGUGUGUGGCAGGGUGAAUGUCCUGUACCCUGUAACUAUGAAGGCCACAUAUGUGCUACUUUGCAUGGGUCUGGUUGUUCUUCCUGCUACAAUCUGUCAGUCUCCUGCUGAACGUGACUCUUACACAGAGUGUACAGAUGGCUAUGAGUGGGACAUGCAGACUCAACUCUGUCGAGACAUAAACGAGUGUGAGACUAUACAGCAGGCUUGUCAAGGAGAGAUGAAAUGCUUUAAUCAUUAUGGUGGUUACCUGUGCCUUCCUCGCUCUGCCUCCGUGAUCACUGCACCUGAGCCCUCCAGCCAAUCAGAGCCCAGUGUUCAUGUGGAGCGUAACGAGGCCUUUAACCCCUGUCCUGUAGGCUACAGGGCUCAAGGAGAUACCUGCGUGGACAUUGAUGAAUGUGAAUUGGACAUGCAUGACUGUCAGCCCAGCCAGGAAUGCAUCAACACUGUGGGCACCUACACCUGUCAGUGCCCUGACGGCUACAGCAAGAUUGGCAUAGAGUGUGUGGAUAUCGACGAGUGCAGGUACAGGUACUGUCAGCAUCGCUGCGUGAACGUGCCAGGAUCUUUCUCUUGUGAAUGUGAGCCUGGCUUCCAAUUGGCAGGAAACAACAGAUCCUGUGUUGAUGUAAAUGAGUGUGAGAUGGGAGCACCUUGUCAACAAAGAUGUUACAACAGUUAUGGUACAUUCCUGUGUCGCUGUGAUCAAGGCUAUGACCUGGGACCCGAUGGCUUCUCAUGCAAUGAUAUUGAUGAGUGCAGCUAUUCCAGUUUCCUUUGCCAGUUUCAGUGUGUGAACGAGCCUGGAAGAUUCUCCUGUGUUUGUCCAGAAGGUUACGAGCUAGUAGGAACACGACUCUGCCAGGAUGUGAAUGAGUGUGAGACAGGCACUCAUCAGUGUGGGGAGGGACAGGUCUGUGUGAACAUCCAUGGUGGACAUCAGUGUGUCAACUCCAACCGCUGCCAGGACCCCUACGUCCAGGUUUCAGAGAAUCAUUGUAUAUGUCCAGUGGUGAAGCCAGAGUGUCGUGACCUGCCCUUUUCCAUUGUGCAUCGAUACAUGAGCAUCACCUCCGAACGCUCGGUUCCCUCUGACAUCUUCCAGAUCCAGGCCACCAGCGUCUAUCCUGGAGCCUACAACUCCUUCCGCAUUCGUUCUGGAGAUGAAAAUGAAGAAUUCUACAUACGGCAAAUCAACAACAUCAGUGCCAUGUUGGUUUUGGCCAGAGCAGUGACUGGACCGAAGGAGUACGUCCUCGAUCUGGAGAUGGUGUCUGUCAAUCCUCUCAUGAACUACCAGACCAGCUCUGUUCUGCGUCUCUCUGUUUAUGUUGGGCCUCAUGCUUUCUGAGGAGAGAGAGAUGGAGAGACAAACAUAGGGAAAACACUGUAUGAAUACAGUAUAUACAAGAAUAUCUUUAUUCAGUCUAUUUCUGCUUUUGUGUGUUGAAAAUUGGCAACACAGUUCCACAAAUCACCACCUAAUGAUGUGAAAUGAUUUUUUUUUAGGCUGACUGCAGGCCAGUGACUGCAGGCCUAUUCUGGGAAGCGCUAAAGCAUCUGAACAUUUAUUCCUCUCACUUUGUCACCGUGGACUCAUUCUCACACAUACAUGCAGCAUACAAGCACACACACCGAAAACACACACAUGUCUGCUGCAGAUAUUUCAGAAAGAAACGUCAAGAUAUAGUUUGUUAUUAGUAUUAGCUAACAAAACAAAAUAAAUAGGAAGAAUUAUCGAACCUACAUACAA